UUCACAAAACAAUCAUAAAUACCAUUGUCUAAGAAAAUGCGUGGAUCAAUGGAUACAGACCCGUUGGCUAUUCAAAUAAAACUUGUAAGGAAGUACAUAAAAUUGAAAUUAAUAGAAGACAAUGUAUUGUUUCGGGGGCACGACCAGGAAAGAAAUCAUGUGUACGAAUUAUUAAGAAGAACUGUUUUACAAGGAGAAUCGCAUUCGGCUUUACUUAUAGGGCCGAGAAGUAGCGGAAAAACCACUCUACUAAACUCGGUACUUCACCAGCUCUCUAGAGAGACAGAUUUGGAGAAUGAUGCUAUUAUAAUUCAACUGAAUGGCCUUGUACAUAGUGAUGAUAAACUGGCCCUUAAAGCUAUCACAGCGCAGAUGCAAUUAGAAAAUACUGUGGGUGAACGAGUUUUCGGUACCUUUGCCGAGAACCUCUCGUUUUUGUUAAGCUGCAUCCAGACUGGUGUUGACAGACGAUGUCGAAGCAUGGUAUUCAUUCUAGACCAGUGUGACAUGUUUUGCCACAGCGGUAUCUCCCAGACAUUACUGUAUAACUUAUUUGACGUAACUCAUUCACAGACGGCUCCUAUGUGUGUUAUCGGUGUAACAAAUCGCUUAGACAUUAUGGAGUUGUUUGAAAAAAGGGUCAAAUCCCGUUUUUCCCAUCGUCACAUAUUCAUAUUUCCUAAUGAAGUCAAUGAUGAUGACCGGUAUGAUAUUAUCUCGCCUCUGGAAGGGAGAAAGAGAUUGUUUGUGGAAUUGCUGAGUCUGCCCCUGGAGGGUUCUGUGUCGCCGAGGAAGAAAAGAAAAUCAAGGAAGUCCAUCGUCAAAACUGAUGAAACGGCCUGCUCAUCCACAGUCUUUGCAAUACCAGAACAUAUACUAAAAGGGAAACUCGACGAGCAAUGUUUGUCUACGAUGGACCAAGCCUUUGUGAGCGACUGGAACGCUCAUAUCAGAAGUUUGAUAGAAAACGAAAAAGUCAUUGACGCUUUAGAGAAGCUAUGUUACUAUACCGUUGAUGAGCAAACUUUUAGGAACGUCUUGUUUGAAAUAAUCAGUAAACUGUCUCCGACGAAACCGAAUAUAAACGUCACAGAUCUAACAACGGCCAUAGACAACGCAGUGGCUCCGGAGCACAGAGUCAAAGUGUUGCAGUCGCUGUCUAUACUAGAGUUGUCUCUGGUGAUAGCCAUGAAGCACGGGAUGGAGAUAUUCGACGGGCAACCAAUGAAUUUUGAAAUGAUCCUACACAGGUACACGAAAUUCGCGAAUGAACACUCCUCGUCGCAGAGCGUGCCGCGCCCCGUCAUCCUCAAGGCGUUCGAGCACCUGCAGGCGCUGGAGAUCGUGCUGCCGGCCAGAACGUCGGAUGUCGGGGGCGCGGCGGGCGACGCCUCCUCCAGCCGCGUGCAGAAGGAAUACAAGCUGUACACGCUGGCCGUGCCCGCCGAGGACCUGGGACGAGCCGUCGACACCUUCAGGAGUCUACCCACCGAGAUCUGCCACUGGUACAGCAAUUCAGUCGUGUGAUAGAAUACGUGAGUCCUAUCACGUUCGCAUAAG